CUCCCUCUCCUUCCACACUGGUCCUGGCGUUCUCCGCUGUCAUCCGAGAUCCUCCUCAGGCUCUCACUGUUUACCCACCAUCCACCUGGCAACCGUGUGCCUGUUCAGGAUUACCAGGGGCCUUUUCCUUCAACGCCACCAUCUCUACCUUAAAUCAGCUGGCUUUCUUUUGGAACUAAGAGGGUCUGAACUGAGAGGGGCUGCAGAGGAGAGCUGGGAACAGGGCUGCCCACAUCCCAGACGCUCCUGUCUUCUUAGUUGCUUUUUGGAGUGUUUUGCUUGAAACUAACUAGGCAGGAGUUAGGUUGUGGAGGACGCACCAUGGAUCACUCUCUGUUUGGUUGUCUACGCAGCCCUCAUGUCCCGGCUCAGGGUCUACACCCCGCUAUCACACAGUCACCACUGACCCUGCAUGGCCGAAGUGACCACGUCUCCUACCUGGACCUACCCAGCUCCUCGCCUCCGUGCAGCUACCCUGGAGGAGAGGACAAUGGGGUGUUUGGUGGUCCAGCCCACCGAGGCCACCUGUCUCAGCAGCAGCACCCCCUCCACCCUCAGCACCCACCUGGCUGGCCCGUCCCCCCGCAGAUGCCCUCGCCUAACGCUCGGCACGGCGUCUGCCUGCCACCGCUCGAGGCCACGGCCCCAGGACUCUGCUCAGGGGGCUCAAAUUUAUGUGGCAAUAAUCCUGGCUUGGGCAGCGGUGACCCCACCGGGGGGUCAUCUGUGUCUGGGGAAUAUGGCCGACAGAGUCUGUCUUCAGAAGAAGCAGACAGGAGGAUGAGUAAAGGAAAGAAUGAUAGUUCAGAGUCCCAAGACGGGAGCUAUAAGUCAGACAUGAACAGCAAGCCCAGGAAGGAGCGCACAGCCUUCACCAAGGAACAGAUCCGGGAACUGGAGUCCGAGUUUGCACACCACAACUAUUUGACCAGACUGAGACGCUACGAAAUAGCUGUCAACCUCGACCUCACGGAACGACAAGUGAAAGUCUGGUUCCAGAACAGGAGAAUGAAGUGGAAGCGGGUGAAGGGAGGCCAGCAGGGUCCGGCAGCACGGGAGAAAGAACUGGUGAAUGUGAAAAAGGGGACGUUACUGCCGUCAGAGUUCUCAGGCAUAGUGGGAUUACAGCGCUCAGCCAACUCACCGAGGCAGACGACCGAGGAGGACAGCCACGACAGCGACCAGAGCUCCGAACAUCCUCACCUAUGACCUUCCAUGGUGUCAUUACACAGGACAGGAGUGAAGGAAAUGUUGGUGAGACAUGUAGAAAAUACAUGUGCAAGUAACGCCUCGCAACAACGUGAUACAACGAGACUCAGAGAACAUUCCAGAGACACUUUGCAUUGAUGAAUGGACUCAGAUUUUGCACUGUGGAGGGUUUAGUCUAGUUCUACUGUACUUAAUUGAGAAAUCAAUACAGAAAACUGAAAAAAAAGCAAAACACUAAUGCUUCUGAAUUUCUGUAAUUUAUCGAAAUAAAAGGAAUAUGAAGACGAUUGCUGCCUUAACCUAAACCUGUACCCCUGAAACAAGAACUUGUAUGUUUUUUAUUUUGCAAUUUGCAUCGUGUUUCCCCUGAAACAUUUAAAGUUUACAUGCUUUUUACUUGCAAAAAAUGGAUUUCCAUCGCAAAUAAAUCAGA